AUGUGUGUUGACAGUCGAGCAAUCAACAAGAUUACUGUGAGGUACAGGUUUCCUAUUCCUCGACUUGAUGAUUUACUUGAUCAGAUUAGUGGUGCUACUAUUUUUACAAAGUUAGAUUUGAAGAGUGGGUAUUAUCAGAUUCGUCUUAGACCGGGAGACAAGUGGAAAACUGCCUUCAAGACUCGUGAAGGGUUGUAUGAGUGGUUGGUGAUGCCAUUUGGUUUAUCAAACGCACCAAGUACUUUUAUGCGUGUGAUGAAUCAGUUGCUUAGGCCUUUUAUUGGGAAGUUCGUGGUUGUGUAUUUUAAUGACAUUCUCAUUUAUAGUGCUUCUUUCAGCGACCAUGUUGUGCAUGUGAGGCAGGUUUUGGCCUUACUUCGUAGGGACCGUUUUUAUGCAGCCACCAAGAAGUGUGUGUUCAUGACCCCUAACGUGUUAUUCUUGGGGUAUGUUAUUUCUGGUGAUGGGAUACAGGUUGAUGAAUCCAAGGUGGCGGCUGUUCAAAAUUGGCCAACUCCUACUACCAUUACUGAAGUUCGUAACUUCCAUGGGCUUGCUUCUUUUUACAGACGGUUUAUUCCACACUUCAGUUCUAUUAUGGCCCCAGUGACAGAUUGUAUGAAGGGGAAGACGUUUUUAUGGACAGAUGAGGCAGAGCUGGCUUUUCAAGUUUUGAAAGAGAAGCUCACUACAGCACCAAUUCUGGUAUUGCCUGAUUUUUCUCAAGUUUUUGAACUUCAUACUGAUGCCUCAAAGGUUGGAAUUGGUGGGGUUCUUAGUCAGGGUGGUCGACCUGUUGCUUAUUUUAGUGAGAAGUUAACUGGGCCUAAGUUGAGGUACAAUCAUGAUUCCCUAAGGCACAUUCGUACUCAAGACAAGGUAGCUCAUAAACAUGGGCGAUGGUUGGCCUUUCUUGAAAAGUUUACUUUUCUGGUCAAACACAAGACUGGUGUUUCAAAUAGGGUUGCUGACGCCCUAAGCAGGAGGAGUAAUCUGCUUGUAUCCAUGAAGGUUGAUGUGCCGGGUCUGGAGGUCAUUCGUGAGCAGUUAGCCAUUGACCCUUAUUUCUCAGUUAUUUUGCAGGAUGUGGAAACUGGGAAAAAGUCAGACUUUCUUUUGCAUGAUGGUUUUCUGUUCAAGGGGAAUCAACUAUACUGCUAUUCUGACAUAGAGAAAAAUGACAAGCUGCUUGAUGCUUUACCUGCUAAAUGGGAUAUCUACACUCUCAUGAUAAAAGGAGAAGCUGAAUAUGAAACAAAGGAGCUGGAGGAAGUCACAGUAAAUGAAGAUGGUGAUGUGUGUUUUGUGGCUGCUUCAGGAGGAUCAACAGGAGCAAAGAGAACAUCAGCGUCUAAGCAAAGUAGUAGUGUUAAGUCAAUGCCAAUGAGUGUGAAGUCUGCCGAAGAACAUCUUGCACUACUCGCUUCAUUUGUUGCUUCAGAAGGUUCAUAUGAUUGGAGUGUUCACUUGGAAAAUGAUGAGAAUGUCACUCAGGCAUUUAUGGCAGAGAUUGUGCCAGUUGAUGAGGGUGAAGCUACAGUACAUGAUGCUAAAGUUAAGAAAAAGGGUGAAGCUGAGGUAGAUAAGGCGAUAAGGCCGAUCAAGCAACAGAUGCUGAUAAAGAAAAGCCGCAGUCUGAGCAUGAAAGGGAACAUGAAGAGAAAGAUGAAAUCAUCAAAAAACUGGGAGCUCAACUUGCUGCUCUUAUGGCCAACUCAGAAAAAUCGACAGGAGAGGAACUUGCUGAGGUGUUUGGUUGGUGAUCAUGUGAAGGCAUGGGAUCAAAAGUUAUGCCAAGCUGAGUUUGCUCAUAAUCAUGCUGUUAAUAGGAGCACUGGAUAUAGCCCAUUUCAGAUAGUUUAUUCAUCUCAGCCUCGGGGACCGCUUGAUUUGAUGUCUCUUCCUCUUUCUGGAUCUGUUCCUAAGAAAGUUCAAGAUUUUGUGGAGGGUUUACAUGAAGUUCAUAGUGCUGUGUAUGAUCAUUUGACCCGAGCUAAUCUGAAGUAUAAGCAAGCUGCUGAUCAGAAAUGUAGGCAUGUUGAGUUCGAGGAAGGUGAUUUUUUUUGGGCUGUUUUGACUAGAGAUCGUUUUACAGUUGGGGAAUACAACAAGUUAUCAGCGAAGAAGAUUGGCCCAGUUGAAAUGGUGGAGAAGAUCAAUCCGAAUGCAUAUCAUCUGAAACUGCCUAGUCACAUUUGUUGUUCUGAUGUGUUUAACGUGAAGCAUCUGUUGCCUUAUUAUGGAGAGUCUUCUGAUGAUGAACCUGUUGGCAGCUCCGUUGAGGCGUUGUAUGGACGGAAAUGCCGAUCUCCUCUUUGUUGGGCUGAGGUUGGUGACAACCAAAUCACGGGUCCAGAACUCGUACUCGAAACAUCUGAGAAGGUUGUUCAAGUCAGAAACCAUAUGGCGGUAGCUCGUGAUCGCCAGAAAAGCUACGCUGAUAAGCGUAUUAAACCCUUGGAAUUCGCCGUGGGCGACCGUGUUUUAUUGAAAGUUUCACCCAGGAAGGGUAUGGUUCAUUUUAGGAAAUGGGGCAAGCUCAACCCGCGUUAUGUUGGGUCGUUCAAGAUUUUGGAAAGAAUCGGUAAGGUGGCUUGUCGACUUGAGUUUCCUGAUGAACUUGGUAACGUACACAACGUCUUUCACAUCUCUAAUUUAAAGAAGUGUUUGUCCAAUGAAACACUUAUGGUUCCUCUCCAAGAACUGAAAAUCAACGACAAGUUGAAAUUUAUCGAGGAACCUGUCAAAAUCAUCGAACGGGAAGUCAAGGAAUGUGCAUUGUUUGCUAGACGCUAG